GAUUGGACGUUACGUUGUUAAAUUCUGAUUAUUGUUACUUGCAAAUAUUACAGUGUUUUGAAAUUUAAAUGUUGUGUGUGACAAAAUACUGAUUUAAAAUCUAUUACAAUUUGUACUAUAUUUAUGUGUGGCCUAGAAGAAUUUUGUUUGGAUUUUAUUUGAUGAUUUGUAUUUACACACAUGUUGUGAUCAAUACAAUCACCGAUUUUUUUAAGAGGAUAUAAAUCAAGAUGACAAUUCCAUAAUACAGCGGGCACCAACAACUAGCAAAAUGGAGGAGCAGGACAAGGACGAGGGGCCCGGCGUGCCCGAUAUGACGAUGAUGCCGCUCAUCACAGAAAACGCCAUCAACGACAACCUCCGGCGCCGUUAUAACCACGACCUGAUUUAUACAUACACAGGAUCUAUUUUAGUGGCAGUGAACCCUUACAAGGAGCUGGGAUGUUACAAUUUCGAGGAUAUGCAAAACUACCGCGGCAAAGCGUUUGGGAGUCUGUCACCACAUGUGUUUGCGCUGGCUGAAUCUGCAUAUAGCUCUUUACAGAACGGUGAAAAGAAUCAAUCAGUGGUAAUAUCUGGAGAGAGUGGUGCAGGCAAGACAGAAACUACGAAGCUGAUACUUCAGUACCUCUGCGCGGCGGGGGGACAGGCCUCGUGGGCUGAACAACAAAUAUUGGAGGCCAAUACUGUUCUAGAAGCUUUUGGUAACGCAAAAACAGUGCGGAACGACAACUCAUCUCGUUUUGGCAAGUUCGUGGAAGUUAGAUUGGACCAUAGGGGAGGAAUUAAGGGCGCUGUUCUGAGGGACUUCUUGCUGGAGAGGGCGAGGAUAACUGGCCCCGCACCUCGAGAAACUAACUACCAUGUCUUCUAUCAGCUGGUGGAAGGAGCUAGGCACAACGCGGAACUGAAGAGCAGUCUCCGGCUGCGCGAGGACGUGCGCUUCAAGUACCUGCUGGAGGAGCGCGAGGAGGCGGCGGCGCGCAGCGAGCCCGGCCGCCUGGAGGCGCUGCAGCUCGCGCUCACCGUGCUGCAGGUGCCGCCGCACAUGUGCGAGGGGCUGUUCAAGGUGCUCGCCGCGGUGCUCUGGCUCGGGAACAUACAGUUUCAGGACAUAGACGGAGAACGUACCAGCUUAGCGCCAGAAGAUGCGGAGGCAGUGGAUGCUGUGGCCAAUUUAUUGGGACUCGCCCCACCAACAGCUCAGCGCGUGUUACUGGAGAGACAGAUCAACGUGAGGGGGAAUGUCACUGACAUACCGUUCAGGUUGCCUGAAGCCCGCGAAAACCGGCAUGCCAUGGCCCGCGCUCUAUAUUCCAGAACAUUCGCCUGGCUCGUGCGCCACGUGAACAGCUGUUCCGCGCCAGGACGCGAAGCGAAGCGUGCGCUAGGCGUGCUCGACAUAUUCGGCUUCGAGAACUUCGCGUCGAACUCUCUAGAACAAUUGUGUAUUAAUUACGCCAACGAGAAGCUGCAUAUGUUCUUUAAUAACUACGUGUUUGCGUUGGAGCAGGAGAUUUAUCGACAAGAGGGGAUAAAGUACAAUCAAAUACAAUUCACAGACAACGCCGCGUGUCUUGAAUUACUUGAAAAGCCGCCGCGAAGUUUGCUGAAAUUGCUCAGUGAACAAUGUCAUAUGCCAAAGGGAUCGGACAGCGCCUACCUCACAAACAUACAAAGCGAGUUCGGCGAACACCAGACGUUUGUCAAAGGAUCAAGAAGGAAGUGGGAGGAGGAGUUCGGGGUACAACACUACGCCGGCACAGUGACGUACAGCGUGCAGGGAUUCGUCGAUAAAAACCGAGAUACACAGCAAGACGCGUUUAUCGACCAUUUAAGCAGAUCCGCCAAUCCUUUUGUGAGGGAGCUCGCUGAUUAUGUGCAGGAUUUAGCGCCGCCUGGACAGGAUGUGUCACUGUCGAGCCCCGGUUCAACAAGCACGACCCAGCGCGGGACUUCCAAAGGCAGACCGACUGUAGUGGACACUUUCAGGGCACAGCUGCAGUCUUUAGUAGAUAUGUUGCAAGUUACUGAUGUGUGGUACGUCCGCUGCAUAAAGCCGAACGAGCACAAAGUGGCCGGCAAGUACAACGAGCAGCUGGUGCUGGAGCAGCUGCGGUACCUGGGCAUGAACGAGAUCGUGCGCAUCCGCCGCGACGGGUACCCCGUGCACCUGCCCGCGCCGCUCUUCCGCGCGCGGUACCGCUGCCUGCUGCCGCACCCGCGCCCCCCGGAUCCGGACGUCACAGCUAUAAUGGAGCUUGUAAAUGCACCGAAAGACGACUGGCAAAUAGGACACACGAAAAUAUUUAUGCGUAGCUCUGUGCACGGCCCCCUCGAAGCUCGGAGAUCAGCUUUGUUGCAGUCGUCCGCGUUGCUCAUACAAAAGUGGUACAAAGGCUCGACAGCCCGGCGUCAGUACCUGCAAUGGCGCAGAGCAGCCGUAGUGCUGCAAGCGGCGUGGCGCGGCUGGUUCGAGCGCGCGGCCUUCUUGCGGCUGCGGCGCGCCGCCCUCACCCUCCAGCGGCACCUGAGGGGCGCCUUCGCGAGGGAAGUGGCCGCCGCGCUCAGGGAGAUGAAGAGGGUCAACCAGGAGAUCAAGUUGCGGGAGGAGAGGAACAGCCUAGCAGAAAAAGCGGAACAAGAGCGAGCAGAAUUAGAAAACAUGGCGGACCAGCUCCGCGGUAUAUCCUGCUCUGGGGCGAGAGCGGAAUCGGUGAACCUGGACAACCUGUUCGACUUCCUGGCGGAUGUUCCAGCGCAACGAGGUGCUCCAGAUGGCCAACCAGCACACCAGCCCACGAUCAACGAGAUUGGAGAUUCUAUUGAACGUCUGGCUGAUGAUUUAAAUCAGGAGCUGGAACACGUGCUAGCGGAAGAAAUGGACGAGCUCACUAAGCAUUCAGACGCCCGCAAACCUGACGGUGCUCCAUCGGAAUUUAUCCCACCUCCUCCCCCGAACUCCCUCCCCCUACACUCCAUACUUCACCCCGCUACGCCCAUAUCCAGUCUCAGCAACGGUAUUGUUAACGGUACCCCUGAUAAUAUGACCUCAUCUAUGAACGGUCGCAUACCGAACGGUGAGAUGACGUCGUCGCUGACGCUGCCCUCCCCGCCGAGCGCGGGGGGUGUGGGGGGCGCGGGGGAGGACUCGCCGCCCUUCCCCCCUCCGCCCUUGUGCUCGCUCCCUGAACCGGCCGGCCCGCCCCCGCCGCCGCCGGUCAAAGACACGACACCCCCAGAGCUUACCAACGGAAUUAUUCCAAAUGGAAAGCUAACAGUGAUCAAAGAUAAGGAACCAAUAUACGAAUCUGUCAUACCGCGACCAGCUGCGACCGAACCGCCAGUGUUGUCCCCCCCACCACCACCACCGCCCUUCAACCCACCAGAAAGCAAUGGAAUUUCAAACAAGGAAGAGCCAGAGCCGGAAGCACCUCUACCGCCGUUACCCAGUGCUGUGACGUCACCCGAACAAGCGGAAACUCCUUCCACUGCUAUGGACUCCUGCAUCAGUCCUCCGCCUAUGUUAAAUGGUGACGCCAAUAACACAGAACGCAACGCUCGUAGAAAAGAACGCGUAGAACGCAGACUGCACCAGCUCGAAACAACGGCCCCAAGCACGGAGGCUCCCGCCGAUUCGAGUGACUUUACAGAAUUUGCUAAACUCUACUUUAACGACCACCCUCGAUCGCCUGAAGGUACCAUCAUGGCGACUUUAACUCGCAAGAGCAAAUCGAUGGAGCUCUUAACCAAAGAAGAAAUGAUAACUUAUCACAAGGGGAAUAACAUCCCCACAUCUCACAUACAGCUGCAUGAUCCAGACAGUGUUACGGCAGCCGUCAAUAUUUUCAGAGAUUUGUGUCGCUAUAUGAGAGGAGAGUUGACUUCAGAAAAAGAAACGCAAGUCAUACAAUCCAUUAUUGGGAAGGGUCUCGAGCGGGAGGAGCUACGUGAUGAAAUAUUAGUUCAAUGUGUUCGACAAAUCACGGAAUGUCCCGUGGAAGAGUGGGCGGAGCGCGUGUGGCUGGUGCUGUGCCUGUGCGCGGUGGCCUGGCAGCCGAGCCGCGGGCUGGCGCGCUACUACUGCGGCUGGCUGCGCGCGCGCACGCGGCCGCUGGACGCGCUGGGCUCGCCCGGCUCGCCCGCCGCCUCCGUCAGCUCGCUGGGCUCGGGGGGCGCCAGCGCGCGCGCCUCGCACUGCGCGCAGUGGUGCCUGGACAACUGCAGGGGCGCCGCGCCGCGGCACCUGCCGCCCAGCACCGUGGAGAUUGCUGCAAUGCGUAGACUCGGUACAAUAGUGUGCCGAUUCUUCUUCCUCGACGGGCGCACAAAGGCAAUAGACGUGCACCCCGCUGACACAGCAGCGGCCGCGGCAGCCAGGCUGGCUGAUAAGCUGGGUCUUCCACCAAACGCGAGAGCUGGCUGGGCGGUGUACCAGCAGAGAGCCAGUACUGAGGAGCACGUGCGCGCUACGCAGUACUUGUACGAUGUUAUUGCUGCGUGGGAGAUGCAACAAGGACCUGGUGGAGGGUCAGCAGACAACCGCUUCGUGUUCAAGCGCCGCUUGUUCCGCGGUGGGCGGGAGCUGCCGCAUGAUCCGGUAGAAGUCGCCCUUUUAUAUGCACAAGCGGUGCAUAGCGUUGUUAAGAUGGACGAGUUCCCCGUCUCAGAGAAGGUGGCCCUCCAGCUAGCGGGGCUCCAAGCCCAGGUGUCACUGGGCGAGCCUGCCGCUAGCCCUCCGCCCCCGCACACACGGGCUUACUACUCCCACCCUGAACAGUUCCUGCCACCUCGUAUCGCUAAAACUAGACCAGCGCAUCAAUGGGCAACAAUAUUGGCGCAAGCGCACCGUCAAUACGGCGCAGGUCGAGCGGAACUAACUGCCAAAGCUUUGUACCUAUCCUGUGUGAUGCAGUAUCCAUUAUAUGGCGUCACACUAUUCCCUGUCACCUACAAAGGAUACUGGGCUCACGGUCCGAAUGUUAUGCUUGGAGUGGGAUCAGAGGGUGUAGUCCUUGUUAGACCUGCAGACAAGGUAGUUCUAGCGGAAUAUCCAUAUUCGAAUAUAGCCGCGAUACUCAUGGAUCCAGUAGACAACGGACUCACUCUUAGCUUAACUCACCAUGGCCAACACGAUGGUUUAAGGUGCAUAGUCCUGGAGUGCGCGCAGAAGCAGGAGGCGGCGUGGCUCAUGGCGGCGUACAGCCCCACGCUGGCCAACAGCCUGGCGGAGGAGCCGGCGCGGCGCGCGGCGCCGGCGGGCGAGCGCGCGCGCCUGGCGGCCGCGCUGCGCUCGGCGCGCCGCGCGCUCGUCGACUGCGGCCUGCUGCGCCGCCCGCCCGACCUCUCCGCGGGCGGCUUCUUGCGGAACACUCUCAGGAGGCUCAGCAAGCACCGGCUGGAGCGGGUGCGGCUGGAGCUGCCGGCGGAGGCGCAGGGCGAGUGCUACAAGGGCUUCCCCGCCGCGUACUGGGGCUGGGCGCGCAGCCUGCCGCACUCGCUCACCAAGCUCAACGAGGCGGAGGAGGUCGCUGCCAUGCAGAUAUUUAAGGACAUAAUGAGCCACGCGGGGCUGAGCAGCAACGAGGGCAGCAGCAGCAACCUGGCCAGCAACAGCAGCGUCAGCAGCCACGAGAGCGACAGCGACGACCGCGUGGCGCUCGCGCAGGCGCUGCUGCAGCGCUGUCUGCAGAAGGACACGCUGCUCACCGAGCUCUACAUGCAGCUGAUUAAACAGACAACCGAGCACCCAGAACCCAGCUCGCGCGUGUCCGCCCGCCACUGGGCGCUGCUGUGCGCGGCCGUGGGCGCAGCCCUGCCGCCCGCGAAGCCCCUGCGCCGCUUGCUGCUAGCCCACCUGCGGUACCGCGCCGCGGCCCUGCACACUGGCGAGGAGGGCAAGUUCGCGAGACGCGCUGAACAGGUGGCACUCAGCAUAGCCCAAGUACCGCGUCGCCUGACGGCCCCCUCCAAGGAGGAGCUGCUGUGCGCAGGCGCGCGCCGGCCCAUGCACGUGCGCGUGCUGCUGCUGGACGGCAAGCAGCACGGGCUCGUGUUUGGACCCGCGGCCACUGCUGACCACCUGGUGGCCAUGCUGAGGGAGAAGAUUGGACUCACUGAUACUGCUACUGGUUACGCACUGUACGAGGUGUGCGCGAACUCGUCGCCGGCGGGCACGGGCGAGCGCGCACUGGGCGGCGCCGAGCGCGUCGGCGACGUGCUCGCGCGCUGGGAGAAGGCCGGCGCCACCGCCGCCGCCUGCAGGCUAGUAUUCAAGAAGCGUCUCUUCCUGGGUGAUCGUCCGCUGCACAGCGCGUGCGCAGCUGAGAUGGAGCUGCUCUACUACCAGCUGCUGCACGCCGUUCGCCACGACCGCCUGCCCAUCGAGACUGAUGAAGCGGUGAUGGUGGCGGCGCUGCACGCGCAGGUGGUGAAGGGCGAGUGCAGCGGCGGCGCGGAGUGCGCGGCGGCGGCGGGCGCCGUGCUGCCGGCGCGCCUGGCGCCCGCGCUGCCCGCGCCCGCCGUGCGCCUGCACCACCUGGCGCUGCGCGGCACGCCGCCGCACGCCGCCAUGCAGCGCGCGCUCACGCUCGCCGCCUCCUGGCCGCUCGCGCGCGCCACUAUCUUCGAUGUCAUGCAAUCGUUCACGUCGAACUGGCCGCGCGCGCUGUGGCUGGCGGUGGACGCGCGCGGGCUGACGCUGCUGCGGCGCGGCGCGCGCGCGGCGCUCGUGUCGCACGACCACGAGCAGCUGCUGGCCGUGUCGCCCGCGCCGCGCGCGCUGCUGCUGGUCACGCGCGCCGACAAGAAGCACGCCAAGCUCGUGCUCUCCACCGACCAGGCAUACCAAAUCGCGACCCUGAUCAAGGACUACAUCGAGGCGGUGCGCGGGCCGGUGUGCCCGGCCGUGCCGCAGCCCGCCGGCGCCGCGCCGCCCGCCUCCUGACACCCGCACGCCUAGUGCCACUGCUUCCACGUCACACACUGAGUGAGGCGAGCCUGACGGGCCGCGCGCGGCUGACAGAUCAAAGAUGGCAGAUGACAGGUGACAGGUGACGGCUGACGGCUGACGGCUGACAGCUGACGUGCGGCGGGCAUGCGCGACCUUUCCGUUCAUUAUAUUCGGUUGCGAACGCGUUCGGUCGAACGACCAAAUUACUUAUCUGUUGGCAUCUUCUCGUUAUACGUUUCGGAUUCGAUGAAAUCCAUAAAAUAUUGUUUCGCAUUGAAUCUCAAAGACCUAGACCCGAAAAUGUCGAUCUAUGUAUGUCUAGAAACAUAUUAGUUAAAGCUUCUUCAAAUAUCAUCAAAUAUAUAGUCACGAUUUAAGUAUAAUUUAGAGCACGAUAGUGUCGGUAUAGUAUUACUUUAACGGUCGCGUUCGGGAAGUAAAUGUUUAUAUAGUAUAUAAUUUUAAACAUUAAUAUUUUACGCUAGAUAUAUUAAAAAUGCUAGUCUUUGUAUUGAUUAGUUAGCUAAAUCUUGUCUUCGUUCCACAUUUACUUCAGAGACAGGUAAUCAGGUUCGAGUGGUGUUCGGUUUUGAGUGUCAGGAUGGACGAUUUAAUGUAGCCAGGUGACGGGGAAGCAGAAAUUUCCAAUAAAUCCACAUAGUAAUAGAAUAAAACAUUUCUCUUUAUCCUCUAAAGGGUCUGUUACAUAAGAUCGAUCUAACGUUUACGCGCGUUACAAUCGUCAUAUGUACGGUGACCCUUACAAUGAAAUAUCAGUAUUAUUACAAUUAAAUAAAAUUCGUGUUGUAUGUAAAAUUCGAACAGUUUAAUCAUAACGUUAAGAACGAUAGAAUGUUUGGAUGUUAGAUAGUUGUUGUAUUUCAAUCUUACUCCCCUUUUAGUCUGUGCUUAAGUAUGUAGAUGUCACUACUGACGAUGUUUGGAGAGUUCAUUAAUAAACACCAUUAAAAUUCGUAAUAUUUUAAAUAUGUUCACCAUAUCUUAUUAUUACGAUAGUGAAAUACUAUAUUAUGAUUAAUGGUCCAAACAUCAUCAGUUUCCCUUAGAACUAGGCCAACCCACUGUAAACCUUUCGAUUUAAUCUAAACAAUAUUUCAUGUUAUAACCGUAUGGUAGUUGAAUCUUAUAAAAUAGUUACUACAUGUUAAUUGUAAGAAAUCUCAUAUCAGCUAAUUCCUACUGUUAACCCUCCUUGCUUCGGUGGAACCUUCCUGUACUGUUGAGUACGUAGCAUAGUAUAUCUCUGUUUUCAAUUGCGAAAUAAUUUUAUUCUGAUGUCUUAUUUUGUGCCUUGUAACGCGGCAUGUGAAUCUGGCCAGAAAAUCUAAAUAUAAAUUUCUUAGUCUGCUUAUAUUUAUAACAUAUUGGUGUCAAGUAUAAAUUAAAAUAAAAAAAACUAUUUUGGGCGCGUCAAUUAAGCAUAUAUUUAGCCAAACAUGGUUUGUUACAAUUUGUUGUAUGCUACUUCUGGCCAGUACAUAUUGCCUGCAUAUAAUCAGUGAGCGAACUGCAAAUUUAUUGUGACUGCAAAGUAAUGAAAUUGUUCCAAAUAAAUCUUCUAUCUUGAAUAUUAUAACACUAUAUUGCACAAUGUUAUGUCUCAAUAUUUUAUUAUAAAAUAUAUAACUAGAACAUAUAAAUGUUUUGAAGCAUGACGCUUCCAUUAUUCUAAAAGUAGGCUAAAUAUUAUUUUUAGUUUCGUUAACCUUUUGGUGCUUCGAUAUCUGCUUGGAUUGAGUUUGUGAUCUCAUAUUGAGUAUUAUUUAUAUAGAUGCCAUAUCCCAAGUAUGAGCAAAAUCAGGUUUAAUUUAUUUCAUAUGUAUGUUUAUAAUUUGUAUAUAAUUGACAAACCAAAGAAUUGAUCAUCAAUUUGGAUUUCUUUAUUAGAUAAUAUAAUUACUUUUUAGUUCAUGUAUAUAAUGAUAGAGUAGAUAAAGAAAUGAUUGACGUAACAUUUGUUUAAAUAAUCAUGUGACUGUGUGUUACAUUAAUCAUAUAAUGUUAUAAAUUAAUAAAGACUAAGCAGCAGUACACAAAUGGAAUCAUGUUAUACUUAUAACGAAAACAGAAUUUAACUUCCCUCUUCAUUUUGUAAGACUGAAAAGUGUAAUUCAAAGAUAAUGUCGCAGUGAGAGAUUUUGUUAAUAAAUAUUUUUCUGAUAUUAUAUAAAUACUAAUAUUUGAAAAAUCACCAACAUAUUUUUCAUUUUCAUUUAUGGACAUAAAGUGCUAUAUUUGCAAAUUUUGGCAUUCUUCAAUCUAUCUAAUAAGUGAAGCUUCCAGCUUAGAUGUGUUUAAUAUUUAUUUGUAUUCUAAUAUUUAACACUUCUUCAUUUAUAAGUAACAAUAUGUAAUAUUUGUGUUAGACUUAAGAAGUUAAGAUAUUAUGAACAAAAAUUGAUUUUCGACCACCAUGAUACUGCCUAAAUAGACUGAUUUUGUCCAAAUAUUUUAACCUUUUUUGAUGAUUUUUGUUUACUGUAUAGAUUUGUCCCAACAAUUUGAAUGCCAAAUAAAUAAAACAAUAA